AUGGAAUACUUGGUGCGGGUGGUGGGUUACGGCACGCGUCGACGAAGGUACAUUGCCUCCUGCCUGGGCAUCGUGGAUCUCAUUGUCGCCCUGAUUGCGAUUCCCACCCUGAUCGAGAAGUUUAUGAACUUCUGGCAACACAAAGGCCACGUCAACAGAGUCUACCACUUCCUGGAGUGCCUACGCAUGAUGCGACUUUUAAAGAUCCUGCAGUACAUCAGGGAGGUGCAGUUGCUGUCGUUCGCCCUCCGCAAGGACUUUCGCUUCAUCGCGGUCUUCCUCUUCGGGGUAUUCGUCGUGGUUUUGAUGCUGGGCAGCUGCUUAUACGCUGCCGAGGGAGGGCAGAAACUUAUGAAUUCCAUUCCGGCAGGGAUGUGGUGGGCCACCGUCACCAUUUGCACCGUGGGCUAUGGUGACAUCAUACCUACGACGGUGCUGGGUAAACUGGUUGCAUCCCUGGUCAUGCUUAUUGGGUAUGGCCUCAUCGCGAUACCCACGCUGAUAGGAACCUUCCAGACCCAUCGGGCGCUGAGCCAGGCCUUGGAGCAAUCGCAAGAGCCUGCAGAAGAGAACCUUGUCGUUCUUCCGCCCCGUGCAUCUGACUGUGACUCCUCCGGCCUUGUUCGUCCUGCUGCUGGUUUCGCUUUGUUGGAGGAAGCUAUCUGGACAUGGUCACGCAAGAACCACAAGGAGCCUCCCCCUGAAAGCGUGCUGGAGCACUGGUUUUGCGCUGCAGCAGCAGGGCUUUGUCCUGGACAUGGCUUCACGGCACAAGUUCACAGGUCCUAUGUCUCCAACUCCUCCUGCGAGUUCUUGAUUUCUUUGUAUUGCAGCAAGUGCUACGCCCAAGAGAAGCCAGAUGACAUCCUCGCGCAAGGUGGAGUUCGAUAUUCCCUCCGCACCCAUGGCCCAACAUGA